CGUCGUUUUUUUCUGCGACUACAUCCCCCAGACUUUUUCGAUCAUCCACUUCUUACAAGCAACUUACAAGCAACUUAUAAGCCAAUACUACGUCGGCUUCAUCAAGAUAUUCAAGUUGCCUAUUUUCCAACGCUGCAUUUUAGAACGAGAUAUUCUCAUUGGCAGCGCACUUCGUUUUCAGUCAAUCCGGUAAUUCCCCCUAACAGGGGAUUUACACUGGAUCGGGCACUUCACGAUAUCAAUUAAACUGUGCAUCCAUCCCCUUCUCCUUAUUCGUUUCUUUUAUACAUUCUCAUAGCCCACUUAUACCUAUGCUCAUCCACUUAUACAUGCAGUGUUGUGCCUUAUUUACUUUCACUUUAAUUUUACCUUUCACCAAACGAACAUGUCUUCGUUCUUAAAAUCUGCGAAGGCGUCUUCGCGGAAGGGUGGUGGCGGGGUUCAGUUCAGACCCAGGGGAGUUGGGCCUGGCGAUCGCAUCAAAGAAGUUUUACAACGAAAUCAAAUGAAGGCCAUGGGGAUGAGUCCUACACCUAUGACACCACCCGCUUCUCAAAAUAAACCCUCGUCAGAUCGGCAACCAUGUCCAAAUCCUCACUGUUCUAACCCGUUAGCACCAAUUACUGAUGGCUUCUGUUCUGCCUGUGGUCGUGAAAUCGAUUCUUCAAACAUUGUUGCUGAAGUCCAGUUUGGCGAAAGCUCAUCUGGUGCUGCCGUUGUCCACGGUAGUUUUGUCGGGGCGGAUCAAGGAAGUGCUUCUAGAAAUUUGGGGUCUCAAUAUAGACGACUCGGCGGCAGUCUUACGGACGCCCGAGAGAAAACCAUCCGUGAAGCCAAAAAUAUGAUGGUUGGAUUUGCACAUCAGCUCAAGGAAAUCCCGCCGAGUGCUGUCGAUGCAGGCAUCCAGAUCUUCAAGCUCGUCAUGGAGGAGAACUGGCUCCAAGGACGAGGUAUGGAUAAAGUGGCCCCCGUAUGCCUCUAUACAGCAUGCCGUAGAGAGGAUCGUUGCAAAGUUAUGCUCAUCGACUUUGCUGAACUUGUUCACGUAAAUGUCUAUGAGCUGGGUCAUAUUUUCAAGGAUCUCAGCAAUAUUUAUUCCUUCCAGAGCAAUAAUGUCAAGUCGAUCAUUCCGGAAGAUCUGAUAUAUCGCUUUUGCUCAAAGCUUGAUUUUGGUGACUUCACCAACAAGGUUGCAGCCGAUGCAACUAGGCUAUGCCAGAGGAUGGGUCGAGACUGGAUGGUUAUGGGCCGCCGGCCUUCUGGUAUUUGCGGAGCUUGCAUCCUUAUGGCGGCACGUAUGUGGAACUUCAGGCGUACCGUCCGUGAGAUCGUUUAUGUUGUUAAGGUUACCACACAUACGAUCGAACAGCGGCUCGAUGAAUUCACGGUUACAGAGAGUAGUGAACUCUCCAUUGAAGAUUUUCUGAAUCAAGAAUUUCUCGAGUCUCGCCACGAUCCGCCAGCAUUCUACAAAGGCACGACAGAAUGGCAAGAGAAGAUGGAAAAAGAAGGACGAAUUAGGAAAAGGAAACGUGCCAUUGAGGACAUCGAUGGUGAGGACGAUCAGCCAAGUUCCAUCGCCGGAACACCGGCACCAGACGGCUCUGUUGCCACGCCAAGACCCUCGAUUGAAAUGCCACCACCACCAGUACCUCGCCCGCCCCCAGACACCUCUGGGAUGCGCCAAGUCAAGGACUACUUACCAAGAUCCUUCGACAAUUCCGAAGGAAGAGAGUUGGUUACCCCUUUUAACCCUGAGAAGAUCCCGAAGCCUGCUCCGCGGAAGAGCGCAGAUAGGGAUGUUGCAGAGGGCCUUGCGGCCGAAAAUCCAGAGGAUGAUACUGCGGUAGAUGGGUUAGCAGCGACAUACGGGUCUUCGGACGACUUGCUCGACGGUGAAGCCGAAGUCGAAGAGGAAACUCCGGCACAAUCAGGAGCUCGACGGCGUGGUCGUAAGAAAGGAGCCACCGAGCCGCAACUCACGUUUGACGAUGAAUGGGAGCGUGAUGAGGCCGUACUGGAACAGCAGAUCAACGAGGUUAUUAACGACCCGCAUAGCGAUGAACACGGAAAGGCUCUAGCUACCGCUGCGCAUCUCGCGCACAUCAAAGCAGAGUGGGCGCGGUCUCUUCUCCCACAGCGGGCAACGAACAUGGACGAAAUUAUCGGCGAAGACGAGUUUGCUGACGAUCCUGAGGUGCAGUUCUGCAAGCUCUCGCCCGAGGAGGUGAAAAUCAAGGAAAGCAUAUGGAUCAACGCAAACAAGGAUUGGCUACGGAAGAAGCAGGAGAUUAUCUAUCGUAAGCAGAUGGAGGAGUUGGGACCUCCAAAGCGGAAGCGCAACCGGGUAAAAAAGCCGCGAAUUGGUGAAGGGCAGCUCACACCUGCUUCUACCCCGGGCGAGGCAGCUAUCGAAGCGCUGAAGAAACGAGAUACAUAUUCGAGACGUAUCAACUAUGAUGCCAUCGAGAACCUCUUUACUAGCGACAAGGACCGGGGACCUGGAUCGGUAGCAUCUCGCAACGGAAGCGGUCCCGCAAGUCGCGCAGAGAGCGUCGUUGCUACGAAUGGUGGAGCGGCACCCGAUGCAACGGUUAACGACGAGGGUCUAGAAGAUGGAAACGAAGAUGCAGAACAUGUCGUAGAGGAGACAUACGACGAAUAUUACGAUGAUCAGGAACAUACAACCUACGAUGAGACAGGUUACGAUGAAGGGGACUACGGCGGUGACGACUACGGCGAGGAGGAAUAUUACUAGUCGAACAGAAUUUUUGGUGGACCGGCACUAAGGCUAUGGAUCUAAAAACGGCAUUUCCAGAUUUGGUAGAGCUGGUCCCAGUUGAUACCUCACCGAGCGCUUUAGCUUUGUAUUCUAGUGUAUAGCCCUUACACAACCGGGCUUUACGUGUACGUGAGUGUACGAUUCAAGUGCAGAAGGGGGCCUGCGAGGCUACAAGAUGAGCAUUCAAU